GCCCGGCAGCAGGCCCGGCAGCAGGCCCGCCAGGAACCUCGUCGGCGCGGUCUGCGACCCCAGUGCAGCGCACCCACGCCCCGCCACGCCCCGGCCGCGGCGAGAUGCGGACCACGGACAGGCGUUCUGUGAGGCGGCCGUAGCCUCCCGCAGGGCCUGAUCGUCGUCCUGGACGGGCGUUCUGUGAGGCGGCCGUAGCCUCCCACAGGGCCUGCUCGUCGUCGUGCUCAUGGAGUGCGUCCGUCCCGUCUGAGCCACUGCCACGUGUGAGACGAGCCGGCCAACAUGAAGCGGCAGGAUCAGCUCGGCAGCAAGGGCAACGUGGGCAGCAGCGCGCAGUCGCUGCAGCCCAUGAGCAGCGAGUUCUCGCUCUCGUCGCUCGAGAAGCGCUUCCUCCUGCUCGCCGAGCGGGGUGACGUCGCCUCCGUCAGAAAGCUCCUGGAGGACAACAAGGACAAGCCGGAUGUGCUCAACAUCAACUGCGUGGACCCGCUGGACAGAUCCGCGCUCAUCGCCGCCAUCGAGAAUGAGAACGCGGACCUUAUCCGGAUGCUGCUCGACUACAACAUCCAGGUCAAGGACUCUCUCCUGCACGCCAUCAAGGAGGAGUACGUCGAGGCCGUGGAGAUGCUGCUCGAGUGGGAGGAGAAGAUCCACGUGCAAGGACAGCCAUACAGUUGGGAGGCCGUGGAUCGGAGUUCGUCCACCUUCACCCCCGACAUCACCCCGCUCAUUCUCGCCGCACACAUGAACAACUACGAGAUCCUCAAGAUCCUCCUCGACAGAGGCGCCACGCUGCCCAUGCCGCACGACGUGCGGUGCGGGUGCGACGAGUGCAUCUCGUCGAGCUCGCAGGACUCGCUGCGCCACUCGCAGGCGCGCAUCAACGCCUACCGCGCCCUGUCGGCGCCCUCGCUCAUCGCCCUGUCGUCGCGCGACCCGCUGCUCACCGCCUUCGAGCUCUCCUGGGAGCUGCGCCGCCUCGCCAAGAUGGAGGCCGAGUUCCGCGCCGAGUACAACGAGAUGCGCGGUAUCUGCCAGACGUUCGUGACGUCCCUCAUGGACCAGGCGCGGACCUCAAACGAACUGGAAAUUAUGCUCAACUACAACCCCUCGGGGGACAACUGGGAGCCCGGGGAGAGGCAGACCUUGGAGCGGCUCAAGCUCGCCAUCAAGUACAAACAGAAGCAGUUCGUGGCGCACCCCAACGUUCAGCAGCUGCUCGCCGCCAUCUGGUACGACGGCCUGCCCGGCUUCCGGCGCAAGUCAAUGGUGGGCCAGCUCAUUGAGGUGGGCAAGCUGGGCGCCAUGUUCCCCGUGCUGUCCACCAUCUACAUGUUCGCCCCGUACUCGGAGAAGGGCCAGUUCAUGAGGAAGCCCUUCGUCAAGUUCAUCUGCCACUCGUCCUCGUACGCGUUCUUCCUCAUGCUCCUGGCGCUCGCCUCUCAGCGGCUUGAGUACCUGCUCAUCGAGUGGUUCGGGCCCGACUGGAUGCAGGAGAUCCUGGCCGACUGGAAGCGUCGCGAGCGGGGCGCGCUGCCGGGCAUCGUCGAGUUUGCCGUCAUUUUAUACGUUUUUAGUUUAGUCUGGAAUGAGAUGUGCUCCCUGUGGUCCGAGGGACUUCUCGAGUACAUAGGUGACUUGUGGAACAUAGUGGACUUCUGUACAAACUGUUUCUACAUGACGUGGAUAUUCCUACGCGCUACCUCGUGGUGGUUGGUCAAGGUCGACCUGUGGAACGGUCAAAACCCUUACUACCCAAGAGAGGCGUGGGACCCAUUCGACCCGAUGCUGCUCUCUGAAGGCGCCUUUGCAGCUGGAAUGAUUUUCAGUUUCCUCAAGCUGGUCCACAUAUUCAGCGUUAAUCCUCACUUGGGGCCGCUUCAGAUCUCACUUGGACGCAUGAUCAUCGACAUUCUGAAAUUCUUCUUCAUCUACACGCUCGUCUUGUUCGCCUUCGGUUGCGGUAUGAAUCAGCUUCUGUGGUACUACGCGGAACUAGAGAUGAAAAAGUGCUACCACCUGCCCGAUGGGACAGCCGAUUUCGACAACAACGAGAAGGCGUGCACCAUCUGGAGGCGCUUUGCCAAUCUUUUCGAGACGUCGCAGUCGCUGUUCUGGGCCGGUUUCGGCCUCGUCGAUCUCGUCUCGUUCGAGCUGCAGGGCAUUAAGAGCUUCACGCGCUUCUGGGCUUUACUCAUGUUUGGCUCGUACUCCGUCAUCAACAUCAUCGUGUUGCUCAACAUGCUCAUCGCCAUGAUGUCCAAUUCGUACCAGAUCAUUUCGGAACGCUCGGACACGGAGUGGAAGUUCGCGCGAUCGCACCUGUGGAUGUCGUACUUCGAGGAAGGCGGCACCCUCCCACCGCCCUUCAACCUCGCCCCGACGCCCAAGUGGAUCAGGAAGACGCUCGGGUUGUCCGAGCCGGGCAAGCGGUCUGGCUCCGUCAAAAACAAAAGCCGCGAGCGCGCGCUGGAGCGCCACGACGCCGUCAUGCGGCUGCUGGUGCGGCGCUACGUCACAGCCGAGCAGCGCAAGCGGGACGAGUUCGGCAUCACCGAGGACGACGUCAUGGAGAUCAGGCAGGACAUCUCCACGCUCCGCUUCGAGCUCAUCGACAUCCUCAGGAACAACGGCAUGAAGACGCCGCAGGUCGACGCCGACUCCUCUGGAAUCGCCGGCAAGAAGGGACGCGUGAUGGAGCGGCGCCUGCUCAAGGACUUCCAGAUCGGCAUGGUCGAGGGCAUCGUCAAGGACGCCAUCUCCAACGAGAAGGAGCCGAAGGACGUGUUCAGCAAGAUCGCGCGCGCCAUCGGGCGGCGCACGUCGGGCAGCCAGAGCCAGAAGAAGGACUGGAACGCCGUGGUCCGGAGGAGCACGAUCGCGCGCGAUCCCAUCGGCAGCACGACGGAGGGGGCGUUGCGGCGCUCGCGCCAGUCGCUGCGCCGCUACAUCCUGGAGAACCAGGGCGAGGCGCUGCAGUCUAUGGACCCGGAGCGCCUGCUCGAGUACAACCCCAAGCUGUCGCUCGUCUCGCCGGCGGCGCGAGUCGCCUACGCCAAGUUCAAGAUGAGCAAGAUCAAGCAGGAGUACGACAUCAAGGAGGCGUCUGGGGACGCCGACGCCGUUUCGCAAACCGGGGACGCGGCCAAGUCGCCGCCGGCCAAGGGCAAGAGCGGGACGGGGUCCCAACCGCCAUCGCAGCCACCGUCGCAGCCGGGCUCCCAGGCGGGGUCCAUCGUGCGGCCCAGGCCCAAGAGCUCGCUCCCUGGUCCAGGGGCGGUUAUCGGCAGCCUCAAGAAGCCAGACUCGGUCACCGUGGACAUCGAGCCGGCGCCUCCAACCCCGCCGCCGUCCACUUCAGUCGAAGCACCAUCGCCCGUCACCGCCAGAGCAGCGCCCGAGGCCACCGCCAGCGCCGCCCCCGCAGCAGCAGCUGACGAGGAAGAGACACCCGCGGGACCGGCCAAGGACACGCUCGGGAAGGCGGCCAGCAUCAAGCAGGACUUCCGAGCCAGGACGCCCAUCCCCGAGGAGGACGAGGACUCCAAGACCCCCUCGCAGACCCGGCCGCCGACGCCCGCUCAGCCCGCAGACCAGAAGAAGCCCGAGAAAAAGGAAGAGAAGGAAGACUCACCCGUCAGGAGAGGAGCGGGGCCGCCGAAAUCGGGAGGGAAAUCGAAAGUCUCUGGUCAAAUCCUCACCGGCUGGCUAUGAUCUUUAUCCAGCACCUGUUAGAUUUUCUUUCACAUUUUCAUUAAAAAUAAUAAGAGGCAGGCACAGUGUAAUUUUAAAGCAAUUUUUACACGGAGAAAAAUACUUUGGUUGCUGUAACUAAAAUGGUGUUCAAUCUGCCCCCUGAGUCAUAAUCAUAGAACGUUCUAUCGUGCUGACUGGAGUGUUUGGUUGGAGCGUCUAAACGCCCAGCCAGCACGAUAGAACGUUCUAUGGAUAUGACUCAGGGGGCAGAUUGAACACCCCUUUAGUUACAGCAACCAAAUUUUUCGGUCGUGGUGACCAAACAUUUUUCUCAGUGUAGUUGCAUGGCUCAAAAUCCGAUCGGGAAGUGACAUUUGUAAACUCCUCGGGACCAAGAAAUGACAAUACUGCCAACAAAAAAAUGUAAGU